AUGUCAAUAGUGGCCUUGUUCGUCUCGGAGUGUGCUCGGAACGGUCGAUGGGUUCGCGGGCUUUUGGCGCUUCAAGGCAGCGUCCACUCCGAAGAUGUGGGCAUUGCCAAGGCCAGGAUUAACUUGGCGAGCAUGAUGGUGGAGAAGAACUGGUGUACAGCUUUGGCUCUGGUGAGGUCGACUGAUGUGUCGCAUCAAGACGAGCUGGGUCACUUUCUGUAUGUGUGUUCAAAGAGUACGUGUAUCCCUUCUACGAUCGCCAAUGACGUCACAGUCGCGAUGCUACAGAGUGCUAAGGGCAACAGCGAAGCCCAAAACCGUCUGUUUGACUUCGUAAUCAGGUGGACAACCUGGCACCAAGCGCUGAGAUUUUUCCAUCUGAUUGAGUCGCCAGAUAAAACAAGCAAAAAAAAGCUAAGUGAAUGGCUCAUGUUUAGCCGCAUGUUCGCUGGAAGCAGACAAAAAGACAACAUAGAUUCUGCACUUAUGCGACUCAAUAUGCCUGAAGUCAGCCACACCAACAUGACAAAAUGGAAUCAGUGGAUGAUAAAACAGACGGUUCCGGCCACGCAAAAACCUUCUUGGCAGUCAAGCGGAUCGGUCAAAGCUUUGGCAGCACUGAACUCCGGUGAACCCCUCAGCAUUACAUCUGUGAUUUACCUUGCAAAGGCAGCACUGAGAGGUGAACGAAUUUCGUGGAAACUUUCCUUAUCCCUUGUUGCUGGGAACCGAGUAGUGGAGGAAUCAAGUGAUGUUUUUGCGAAGGUGGUCGGUAUUUGUUGUCCUCAACUGUGGCAUGUUGCACUUGAGCGCUUCCAUGUUGAGGAGAAAUUAGCCUUGUGGCUGGCAUCUUGCCAUAGCUGGCGGGCCGCCUUGAUGUUAUCGCACAAGCUUUCACUGCCGAGUUGUGAGAAAUACGAUAUUCUUAGUCGUUGUGCGACCCCCGUCCCUUUUCUACGGAAGCUUAACGCUGUUUCUGGGGCGACGCAACGGAUCCGCGAACCGACAAAAAAGGCGAUUGCUUCAAUGCUCGCCAGCGGGUACGUUCUAGAGGAACUCCAGUUGAGUGCCUUCGCAAGGGUUUGUCAACGCGAUGGCGAUUGGGAGUCCGCUCUUUACCUCCUCGAUCGCAUCGGCACAGAGGAGUUUCAUCGACGCGCCAUUACAUGCCUUCUACAGCAUCAUCCGAGUAUUAAGGUGAAAAAUGUUCUUCGCCUUGUGAGUGAUCGCAACCCGGCGACCACCUCGACAGCCUCAAUGCUGAUGGGGCACUCCAGCGGUUGGAUGGAAGCUCUGCACGUUCUGCGUCACGUCAUGGCUCAGGGGACUAAGUGCAAUCCGCAAAUCCUUAGUGCACUCCUUGAUAAGCGACCGCCACCUGAUGUUCUCUCAGUGGUGGUUGCAAAUCUGAAGGGAGCAACAAAUGAUGGCAUCCUUCGCCGUCUUAAGCGACUGGAAGAAGAUGGGAAGAAACCCUCUAAGCAGUGA